AUGGUGAAUAAAGUUCUAGUUAGACCCGCUUGGGUCAAACCCUCCAUACGGGCCUUGCCUAUGAGAACCUUACGUCAGGCAAGAAAUGUGCAUUCGACAGCCAAGGAAACUGCAAAGGAUAACUCAAUCGAAACAACGCAUUUUGGAUCGAAGACUGUGGCAAAGAGUGAAAAAGAAAAACUAGUGGGAUCCGUUUUCUCUAAUGUUGCCUCCAAGUAUGAUAUAAUGAACGAUGUGAUGUCUUUAGGGAUUCAUAGGCUGUGGAAAGAUCAUUUCAUCAACAAACUAGAUGCCGGGAAGAGGCCCAAUGCCAAAGAACCCUUACAUUUCAUUGAUGUUGCUGGGGGCUCUGGCGAUAUUGCUUUUGGGUUGCUAGACCACGCGGAGCACAAGUUCUACGACAAAGAAUCUACAAUGCAUGUCGUGGACAUCAACCCAGAUAUGUUGAAAGAGGGCGAAAAGAGGGCUAUGAACCAGGGUAAAUACUUUAACGAUCCGAGAGUCAAAUUUCUGGUACAAAAUGGCGAAACCUUGGAUCAGAUUGAGUCCAAUUCUAAGGACGUGUACACCGUUUCCUUUGGAAUCAGGAAUUUUACCAAUAUACAAGCAGGAUUGAACACGGCGUAUCGUGUCCUGAAGCCAGGUGGGAUAUUUUACUGUUUAGAAUUCUCAAAGGUAGACAAUCCUCUUGUUGAUACCGUUUACCAACAAUGGUCGAAAGUUUUACCGGUCCUAGGUUCUGUUGUUGCGAACGACUACGACUCUUAUCAAUAUCUGGUUGAAUCUAUUCAGAAAUUUCCAGAACCUGAACGUUUCCAAUCUAUGAUCGAAAAAGCUGGUUUUCAAUCCGCCGGGUACGAGCCUCUAACAUUCGGUGUUUGUGCUAUUCACUGGGGUAUCAAAACUUAA